AUGUCUCAAUUGAGAUUGGUAAUAGAGAAUGGCCACUUUCGAGAUCCCUGUGGCAGGGAAGUAACUCUUCGAGGAAUUAAUUUGGCUGGCGACGCCAAGUAUCCAAGUACUCCGGAUCUCCCCUCUCACAUUUGUGGUGACUUUUUCGAUGGCGACAAAGUGGAUUUCCACCGUCGACCAUUCGUUGUUGAGGACGCUCAUAUUCAUUUUUCUCGGUUGAAGCUUUGGGGAUACAAUACAAUUAGAUACAUUUUUACUUGGGAAGCUAUUGAAGCAGCUGGACCAGGAGUAUAUGACGAGAAGUGGAUACAGCAUACAAUUGAAGUUCUGAGGCUCGCAAAAGUAUAUGGAUUCUAUAUUUUUAUGGAUCCUCAUCAGGAUGUCUGGUCUAGAUUCUCAGGAGGGUCCGGGGCACCUAUGUGGACGCUCUAUGCCUGUGGACUUAAUCCAAAGAACUUUGCCAUAACUGAAGCAGCUUUAGUACAUAACACGUUUGUAGAACCUAAAAAUUUCCCAAAAAUGAUUUGGUCGACCAAUUACACACGGCUAGCUUGUCAGACGAUGUUCACACUUUUUUUUGCUGGGCGUGACUUUGCACCUAAGUGUAUCAUCAAUGAAAAAAAUAUUCAAGACUUCCUUCAAGAUCACUUCAUUGGGGCUGUUUCUCACUUAGCAAAAAGGGUUCAUGAAGCUGAAGACUUAGAAGAUACGGUUGUUGUAGGAUGGGAGAGUAUUAAUGAACCAAACCGUGGCCUCAUAGGCUGGCCAGAUAUAACAAUUAUUCCCCGGGAGCAAAAGCUACAGAAGGGCACUUCACCAACAGUCUGGCAAGCUAUGCUGACAGGGUCGGGGAAAAAAUGUGAAAUAGACGUCUGGGAUUUUGGUGGGAUGGGACCAAAGAAGAUAGGUCAAACUCUAGUUGAUCCCAAAGGAGAGAGUGCGUGGCUUCCAGCUGACUAUGAUGAUUCUCGGUAUGGUUAUAAGCGCGACACUGGGUGGAAACUAGGAAUGUGUAUAUGGGCACUUCAUGGAGUAUGGGAUACAAAAACAAAUACGGUCCUCCUUAAGGAUUAUUUCCACAGGAAUCCUCACUCAAAAAAAAUUAUUGAGUAUGAAGAUUUCACAAAUAGUUACUUCAUGGAAUAUUAUAGGAAACAUAGAGAUGCCAUUCGGGCUUAUCACAAAAACUCGAUUUUAUUGUGCCAGCCUCCAGUUUUUGAAAUACCACCUAAAAUUAAAGGAACAAAAGAUGAUGACCCGAAUAUGGUUUAUGCUGCUCAUUAUUAUGAUGGCAUUACAUUAAUGACAAAAAAAUGGAAUCGCCACUGGAAUGUAGACGUUCUAGGCGUUCUACGAGGAAGAUAUUUCCACCCUGCUCUUGCAAUUAAACUUGGGGAGUCAGCUAUCCGGAACUGCUUCAAGAGUCAGCUCACAGCUAUCAAGAAAGAGGGCUUAGAUUACAUGGGUAACCAUCCAUGUAUUCUAACGGAAUUCGGUAUUCCCUACGACAUGGACUGUCAAUAUGCUUAUAGAACUGGUGACUUCUCAAGUCAAUCAGGCGCGUUAGAUGCGAAUCAUUUCGCAAUCGAAGGUAGUACUCUUGCUGGAUAUACUAUUUGGCUGUAUAUGUGUGAGAAUAAACACCAUUUAGGCGAUCAGUGGAACGGUGAAGAUUUAUCAAUAUUUUCUCUUGAUGAUCCAAUAUUGCCGCAUUCACCGUUUCUAUCUUCGAAAACAGUUCUUUCAAUAGCUGAGUCAGACCAAAAUCCAGAGUCUAUUAACAAAGAAUUGGAUCAGUCUACUGUGAAUCCUGCCCCAUUGAAAGGCACUCUUUUAGCCCCCCCAAUUCCUCCGAAAGUGACGCGAAUAGCUGAAAAUUCCAACGUACAUGGCUACAGAGCUGCAGAGGCAUAUGUAAGACCCUCACCAAUAGUUACUUGCGGAAAAAUUAUUCAUUAUGGCUUUGAUCUAAAAAAUUGUGUCUUCACUUUUGGACUCAUUGGUCACGAAUCAUGCGAUAAUUCACCAACUGAGAUAUAUUUACCCGAAUUUCAUUUUCCAAAAGACAAUUUCAAAGUCGAGAUUUCAGGCGGAAAAUGGGAAAUUUGCCAUGAGGAUUCCGCAGGCUGUAUCAUUCAGCGGCUUAAAUGGUGGAAUCCUGAAGGCGAGCACAUUGUUAGGGUUUACGGAAUACAACAUGUACAAAGGAAAAAUUCGAUCAUCGAAAAUGAAGGAUAUCUAGAACAAUGCCAGCAGAGCAAAUGUAUUCUCAUGUAA